ACAGUUUCACUCGACUUUACUUAGUUUCGGUCUGACACGCGGCCGGUGUGGAUGUUAACUACGUGCGCCCUCUGUCCGUCAUUGGGCUGAAACUCGUACAAAUAUUAUUCGAUCCAAAGUGCAUUUAGACAGACAUAUUCAAAAUUAAUGAAAUAAAAUGUUGAAAACACUGUGCUUGUUGGCUUAUGUUAUAGUUUCCAUCAGCUUCGUUCAAGCAUGGGACGUCGCUAUUACGGCUGGGGACCAAAUUGAAUUUUAUACUAACCAGACAAAAAUAAGCAAUGAAGGGGUUAGAUUUCGGGAGCUAACUGCGCUCGCUUACGAUGCGGUUCACAACAUGUUGCUGUUCGUGGACACACAGAACGACAACGCAUCUAUAUUCAGCUAUGAUAUAACAAAGAAGGAAUACAAACCUUUAGUUAGAAGGAGAUCGUAUGAAAAUAUCCAAGGGUUGGCUUUCGAUCCUGUAACUAGGAAGUUGUUCUGGACGGAUACUAAUGAAAAAAGUAUAUACUGGAAGUCUUUGAAGCCUGGCUCAAAGAAUGAUACGUACGGGAAUCUGCUCAUCAAAAUGGAUGACGAGGUACCGAGAGCAAUUGCUGUGGAUAGCUGCAGAGGGUAUAUUUAUUGGACGAACAUAAACAUAACCAAACCAACGAUUGAACGUGCUCGUUUAGAUGGUUCAGAGAGAACCGUCAUCCUAAAUUCCACAAACAUCUAUAAAGUUGUUAGUAUAGCUAUAGAUCAAAAUACGAAAAAACUUUACUGGAUCGACGAUAAAGAGGGAAUACAUUACUCCAUCGAGAGCUCCGAUUUGGAUGGUAAAAACCAAAAGAAAUUAUUGGCAGGCACGAAUCAUAUGCCGAAUACAAUAACUGUGUCAAAAGAUUACCUCUACUGGGUGGAUUUAGGUUACAGAUCUGUAUGGAAAUUGCCUAAAAACCCCUCCCCUAAUGAAGAACCAGAAGAUAUUAUAAAUUUCUCGAAUGUACCUCCGUUUGGGAUCGUUGCGAAUUAUAAAAUAACGGAUCAGAUCGUUGGGGUCUCGGAAUGCGACGAAUUGUCUUCGAUAGCUGAGAAUAAGACUGUUGUCAAUGAUAUUUUCACGAUACCGAGCGAUGUGGGUCUAUUCUGUUUGCACGGGGUGAAGGUAGAGGGGGUCGCUACAUGCAAAUGUUCGACGGGGUACAUUGGGGAACGAUGUGAGAUCUCAGUGUGCCACAACUUCUGUCUGCAAGGCGAUUGCAGCGCCACUACUAAUGGAGAACCUGUAUGCAAAUGUAAAACUGGCUACACAGGCGCUAGAUGCGAUGUUAACAUCUGUGAAGGACAUUGUUUGAAUUACGGAACAUGUUCCGUUGGUAUAGACCAGAAGCCGACGUGUAAAUGUUCCGUAGACUUUGAAGGGGAUCGAUGUGAAAUUGUAAAAGCUAUUCCUGUAACAAUUACGACAAUACCCAUGGAAAAUUGCAAUGCUUUAUUAUCAACAUCAGAUACUGCUAACAGUGACGUGUACGUAGAAGCAUGUAACAGUUGGGAUCCCAUCAGAGAUCCUGUCAUCAUAGUACUUGGCACUAUAGCUGGGUUGCUGUUUGUGGCUUGCGCAGUACUCGUUAUGAAAGUGUUGAGAUUGAGGAAGAGGCCGAGAAUCAAGAGGCGCAUAAUUGUAAACAAGAAUGUGACCCCGCUGACAGCGCGGCCCGACCAAUGCGAGAUCACCAUUGAAAACUGUUGUAACAUGAACAUCUGCGAAACACCAUGUUUCGAACCACGCAACACAAUAAGACCAAACCUACUCAACGGUAAGCCUGGCAAAGAAGAGAAGAGAAACCUAAUAGCCAAUAUGGAAAAUCCUGACGAUCCAUAUUAAUUUUCAUAUCAAAAUUUAAUUUGCCGAACUAGUAAACGUUUUGGUAUUGAGUCCAAAGGUAAAAAAUAUUGUGAUAUUUACUGUUAGACGACAGCUACUGUAUUUAAGAUUAUGUCUGAGGUAAAAGGGCUGUGGAUUGAAAUGUGUUUGAAUAUCUGAGGUCGGGUAAUUUAUUAAAAUAGCGUUCGCGCCAAAGCUUUCUUACACAAUAAUAGACUUUUAGGUUAUAGAUUAAAAAAAUGGCUUUUGCUAAGAUUUUCUACCAAAAAAUUAUCUAUAGUUUAAGCCGAUACAAUGUUUUUGAAUGUAA